AACACGUGCCGCUUUUCAUUGUUUUAAUAGAAUUACGCACUAUUUGUAAUAAAGAUGCCUAAAAUUAAAGGAAAACAGAUACCCAAGAAAAAAGAAGUUGAAGUGGAUUCAGACAGUGAUUCCAGCAGUGCCGAGGAUGAGCAGGUCCAGGAAGAAAUGUCUAAUGACAGCGAUGAUAGUCAAAGCGAAAUCGAAGAAAGUGCUGAAGCCGGAGAAAACGAUGGUGAUAGCAAUGGCGAUGAAGUGGACGAUGAUGAGGAUGCGGAAGAAGUGGACGAUGAUGAGGAUGCGGAAGAUGACAAACCGCGGAUGCCACUAUUGAAUCCGUUAAGCCUUAUGCGAAACAAGGAGCAGCGCAUGGCACUCUAUCGCAAAAUGAAAAAAGAGAAGCACAAGAAGAAGAUGCUGGAGCGCCGGGCACGUCGUAAGGCUGGAGUACCUGCUAAUCCAGGACACACAAUUGAAAGUCUGCGCGAAAAAGACCAAACGGAUGUCAACGCCCUUAACGAGUCAGACAAUGAGGAGUUGCACAAAGAACUAGAAAUUGACGACUUUAGUUCAUACUUUGAACGCGCCUAUGUGCCCAAGGUUCUUAUAACAUUCGCGGAUAAUCCGGUGACAAAGACACGCAAGUUUGGCUUGGAGCUGUCUCGAAUAUUCCCAAAUGCGCUCGUGAAAAUACGCAACAAGGCAUCUGUGAAGAAAAUUUGCCAAAGUGCAGAGCGAGAGGAAUUCACCGACGUUGUAAUAGUGCAUGAAGAUAGGCGCCAACCAAACGGCCUGCUGGUCAUUCAUUUGCCAAAUGGACCCACUGCGCAUUUCAAACUAUCCAAUGUGAAACUGACAACGGACAUUAAGCGGAGCCACAAAGAGAUUACCAAGCAUCGGCCCGAAGUUAUUCUCACAAAUUUUACAACGCGACUUGGUCUGACAGUGGGACGAAUGCUGGGAGCUCUUUUCCAUCAUGAGCCCGAGUUUCGAGGUCGUCGGGCUGUCACAUUUCAUAAUCAACGUGAUUACAUCUUUUUCCGCCAUCAUCGUUAUGAAUUUUCGAAGGAGGGCAAACGGGUGAAGUUGCGCGAAUUGGGACCGCGAUUUACGUUGAAAUUGCGAUCCUUGCAGGAAGGAACUUUCGACAGCAAGACCGGUGAUUAUACUUGGAUUAUAAGUAACAAGCGCCACGCUAUGGAGUCGAGACGUCGCUUCUUCCUUUAGUUUUAUUAUCCACUUAAAAGAUUACGUGUCAUUCACAGUAUGUAAUUGCGUUUUGUUACAUUCGAACAGACUAAAAAUAACAAAAGAAAAUACAAACAAUUUUUGUUGAAUUUAUCAAAAGUAACAAUAAAGUGUCACCGCCUAACCGAAAA